AAAAGUGUUUAAAAAAUAAUACAAAUAUUUUCAAAAAUGCAAAAAUAACUUGUGUAUAAAAUUUGAAAUUUGUGAAUUGCUGCUAAUUUUAUCCUGAAAAACACCCACCCUAUACCAUCCAAUACCCUUUUAAAGCGGCAUCAUUAAAUACAAACUGAUUAUGGAGGACGAAUUACGUUGCCCUACUUGCAAACAGCUAUUUGCUAAUCCCGUAUUGCUGCCUUGUUUUCACGCUCUGUGUUUGGGUUGUGCCCUGGAUAUACAAACACCCUAUACACCGGGAGCCAUAUUAGCCUCAGUUACAGGCGGUUCAGCCUCCUUAAAUGGUGGCACCAUACACAGUGUAGCCGCCACCAUACAUCCACAUCCUUCGGGUGCAGCCUCAAAUCAUCAUACACAUUCACACACACACGCCACCACUAGGCAUUCAUCCAACUCUUCGGCUGCCAGUACAGCCAGCUCGGCCACUGGCUCCGAAUCGGUAACUUCCGAUCAAGAUCAAGCCGACAAGGUUAGCAUUUUGAGUGAAGCUGAUUCUGGUGUAGUUUGCUGCUCCAAUACUUCACGGCCAGUUUCGUACGCUGGUACUGGACACAUACAGGGUUUAUUGCAGGGAGCUGCUUCUGCACCACCCGGUGCUGCUUACAGUCUCACUUGCCCUUUGUGUCGUAAAAUUGUGUUCUUUGACGAGGGUGGUGUACGCAAUCUGCCACCCUAUCGUGCCAUGGAAUCCAUUGUGGAUCGUUUCUGUGCUCGUGAGGCCUUACGCUGCCAGAUGUGUGAAACUGAUCCCAAAGUGGCCUCUUUGGUGUGUGAACAAUGUGAAAUACGUUAUUGCGAUUCUUGCCGUGAAUUGUGUCAUCCAGCCAGGGGUCCCCUGGCCAAACACACUUUGGUUAAGCCUAAGGGCGCGGCUCAACAGCGCGAGUCGGUUUGUGGUGAACAUGAAGAUAUUUUGUCAAUGUAUUGUCUGACUUGCAAGAUGCCAGCCUGUCCGGAGUGCAUCAAUGAUCAGCGUCAUCCACAACAUGAAGUGCAGCCGAUCAGCACUACUUGUAAAGCUCAAAAGACGGAACUUUCACACAAUCUGCAACAAUUGUCAGAGAAGGCACGUUCAACAACAGAAUUUAUACAACGGCUAAAGGGCAUGAGUGAUAAAGUGACGGAAUCCUGCAUAGAAUUUGAAAGACUGGUGGCCGCACAAUGUGAAGCCUUAAUACAAGCCAUACAUGAUAGACGUGAAUAUCUAUUAGAAGCAAUACGCAUGGAUAAAGAUACCAAAAUACGAAUAUUAAAGGAUCAACAAUCAAAUUGUACUGGGAAAUUGCAACAAACCACGGGUCUUAUACAAUUUUGUAUUGAGGCAUUAAAAGAGACUGAUAGUGCUGCAUUUUUACAGGUUGGUUCCAUGCUAAUAAAUCGCGUUGCCAACACCGACAUGACUUGGCACCAGGAAGUAACAAAUGCUGCACCCCGUGUUUCACCCAUUGUUGAUUUAACCCUCGAUGAUGCUUCCGUUUUACGAUCCAUUGAUAAUUUAAAUUUUAUACAAAUGAAACCUGCUAAAGAUGGCGAUGAAAGAUUACCAGCAGGUGAGAUGCUAGAUGAUCAUUUAAUCAGCAAUACAACAUUUACCACAUCCAUACUAUCCACCAAUACAGUCAUCAAUACCUCAUUAUUAGACAAUACAACAACAACAGCAACACCUACAGCAAAUCCAGCAAACAUAUCAAUACCAUCUAUGCCAACCAGCUUACUGUCCUACAAUUUCAAUGAUAAUAAUAAAACCUCAACAUUACGCUCCACCAAAUCCAAUAAAUCAUCAUCAUCUUCCUCCUCAACAUCAAUAUCCCUGAAAAUGAAUGCAUUUAAAAAAUUAAUUAACUACGAUGAAUCCAUAUCAUCUCCACAACCUCCUGCAAUUAUACCACAAGAUUGUUCAGCGGAAAAUAAUUCAGUUACCGUGGCGUGGCAGGCGCCAAAUCAUUCACAUGUUGAGGGUUACGUUUUAGAAUUAGACGAUGGCAGCGGUGGAGAGUUUAGGGAAGUUUAUUGUGGCAAAGAAACAAUAUGCACCGUUGAUGGUUUACAUUUUAAUUCAAUGUACAAUGCUCGUGUCAAGGCUUUCAAUAGUGCUGGAGAAGGUGAAUACUCUGAACUUAUUGGAUUACAAACGGCUGAAGUUGCCUGGUUUACAUUUGAUCCCGUUUUAAGCGGUGGUCCUGGUUCUGGUCUUGUCUUUAGCAAUAACAAUUCCACCGUUUCGGUGGAAGGCUGGGAACAUCGUGUCGCAUUGGGCUCUGUGGGUUUUUCACGUGGCAUUCACUAUUGGGAAUUUACCAUUGACAAUUAUACAGCAGAUACAGAUCCUGCCUUUGGUGUGGCACGCAUUGAUGUUAAUCGCAAUAAAAUGUUGGGUAAAGAUGAAAAAUCAUUUGCCAUGUACAUUGAUCGUCAGCGUUCUUGGUUCCAGCAUAAUUCUGUGCAUGAGCGACGCGUUGAGGGUGGCAUUAGCACCGGCAGCACCAUUGGUGUUUUACUCAAUUUAGAAAGACACACUUUAAGUUUCCUGGUUAAUGGCAUGCCACAAGGUUCUAUAGCGUUUCGUGAUUUAUACGGUGUCUUCUAUCCAGCUGUUAGUAUUAAUCGUGGUGUCACCCUAACCAUGCACUCAGCCUUGGAUGCGCCACAAAUGGAUUAUUUUUAAGCAAACGGUAAUGAAUGGAAUCUGAGAUUUUCUAUUAAUAAAAGAAA